GCGGCAGAGGGCGGCAUGGCGUCACCCCGAGGCGGGGGCCGCUGCAUAUUCAUGAGCCCCCGCGCGAAGGGGGCGGGGCCGGGCGAGGGAGGCGGCCGGGCCCCUAAUGGCGCUGGCGACAGCUGGGCAGCGGCGCUGAGGCGCGGAGCGCGGAACGCGGCGACAGCGCAGGAAUGUUCGCGGCCGCCUCGUAAUCCCCCGGCGGAACGCGGCGGCGCCCGGCCUUCCACGCCCCGCCCCCGCACCCAGGCGCCAGCCGCGGCCAUGGAGCCCGCGCGGGAGCAACAGCAGCAGCAGCCGCUGCCGGGCAAAGCCGCCGCCGCCGCCGCGGCUCCGCGCAAGAGGCGAGGGGCGGCCGGGGGCUCGGCGCUGGCGGGCGGCGGCGCCAACUCGCUGCUGCUGCGGCGGGGGCGGCUGAAGAGGAACCUGUCGGCCGCGCCGGCCACCCGCAGCCUGGACAGGAAGGCGGCGGGGCUGAAGCCGGCCCGGCAGCUGCAGCCGCUGCCGGCGCCCGAGCGGGACUGGGUGCGGCGGGACCUGCAGCGGGGCUGCGUGCACGUCUGCGAGCGCCGCAGCGGCGCCGGCCCGCGCCCCGUGCUCUGCACGUUGGACACCACGGCGGCCCAGGUGGCGGCCCGGCUGGGCGGCGGCGGCGGGGCCGUGCGGGUGCCGGGGGAGCCGCGGGGCCGCCGCCCCGCCGGGCCGCGCUCGCUGCCCGGCCCCGAGCUGUACGCCGCGGGGCCGCCGCGCUCCUGCCCCUCGCUGCUGGGCGAGCUGUCGGACAGCGACGGCUUCAGCCUCAGCCCCGGCAGCGCCUCCGGGCGCCUGGACGCCUACAGCAGCGCCGCCUCGUCCGCCUCGUCCUCCUCCUCCGAGGAGCUGGAGGCCGAGGCGCCGCCGCCCCCGCGCCCGGCCGAGCUGCCCGCGCCCGAGGGGGCGCUGUACGUGCAGCUGCACGGCGAGACCAGCCGCCGCCUGGAGGCCCACGAGCGGCCCCUGCAGAUCCAGAACGACUACCUCUCGCAGCUCGGCUUCCGCGACCUGUGGCGGGUGCAGGAGGAGGGCCUGGACCCCGAGACCGGCUGCCUCAUCCGCUUCUAUGCAGGAAGGCCCCAAAGCAUUGGCAACUCAGAACGGAUUCAGCUCUCAGGAAUGUACAACGUUCGAAAAGGGAAAAUUCAUUUGCCAGUCAACAGAUGGACAAGACGCCAAGCUAUCCUUUGUGGGACAUGCUUAAUAGUAUCAUCGGUGAAAGAGAGCCAGACUGGAAAGAUGCAUGUCCUCCCUCUAAUUGGUGGAAAAGUGGAAGAAGUGAAAAAGCACCAGCACUGUUUAGCAUUCAGCUCUUCUGGACCACAAAGCCAGACCUACUACAUUUGUUUUGAUACGUUCACAGAAUACUUGCGGUGGCUUCGACAAGCGUCAAAGAUUGCAUCACAGCGCAUAAGCUCAGUGGAUCUGUCAUGCUGCAGUCUUGAGCAUCUGCCUGCCAACCUCUUCUACAGUCAAGACCUCACUCAUCUCAACCUAAAGCAGAACUUCCUGAGGAUAAACCCAAGCCCAUCUACAAGCAGAGGGCUUGGUGAAUUACAGAGGUUCACGAAGCUGAAAAGUCUUAACCUCUCCAGUAAUAAUUUAGGAGACUUUCCAUUGGCAGUUUGCAGUAUUUCAACUUUGACUGAGCUCAACAUGUCCUGCAAUGCCCUGAGAAGUGUUCCAGUAGCUGUUGGAGAUAUGUACAAUUUGCAGACAUUUUUGCUGGAUGGCAAUUUUCUCCAGUCCCUCCCUGCUGAAUUGGAGCACAUGCAUCAGCUCAGCUAUCUGAGUCUUUCCUUCAAUGAAUUCACUGACAUUCCAGGGGUAUUAGAGAAAAUGACUGCCAUGGAUAAACUCUGUAUGUCUGGAAACUGCAUAGAUACCCUCAACCUACCAACGCUGAGAAGAAUGCCUCAUAUUAAACACGUGGAUCUAAGAUUGAAUGUAAUUAGGAGGCUGGUGGCAGAUGAAGUAGAUUUCCUUCAUCACGUGACCCAGUUAGAUGUACGAGACAAUAAACUCUGUGAACUUGAUGCAACAGUUUUCAACAACAUUGAAGUGUUGCACUGUGAACGAAAUCAGCUGGUGACCCUCAAGAUCAGUGGAUAUUGUCUCAAAGGUCUUUAUGCCUCUUCAAAUGAACUUGUUCAUCUUGAUGUGUAUCCAGUUCCAAAUCACCUGACUUGCAUGGAUAUUUCUAGAAACCACUUGGAAAACCUGCCCGAAUGGGUUUGUGACAGCAGAAAACUAGAAGUGUUGGAUGCUGGCCACAAUCAAAUUUGUGAGCUGCCUGCCCGGCUGUUCUGCAAUAGUAGCUUGCGGAAGCUGUUGGUGGGACAUAACCAGCUGGGGAGACUGCCCGACAGGCUUGAACACACACAGGUGGAGGUCCUGGAUAUACAACACAACCAGCUGCUUGAGUUGCCAUCUAACCUUCUCCUGAAAGCUGACAGCCUGAGGUUCCUGAAUGCCUCUGCCAACAAGCUGGAAAUGCUUCCCCCAGCCACUCUUUCUGAAGAGACCCACAGCAUCUUGCAGGAGCUGUAUUUGACCAAUAACAACCUCACAGAUAAAUGUGUGCCCUUGUUAACAGGCCAUCCACACCUGAAGAUUCUGCACAUGGCCUACAACCACCUUCAGAGCUUUCCAGCAAGUAAAAUGGCCAAGCUUGAGGAGUUGGAGGAAAUAGAUAUUAGUGGGAACAAACUGAAAGCCAUUCCAACAACCAUCAUGAACUGUCGGCGUAUGCAUACAGUGACUGCUCACUCCAACUGCAUCGAAGUUUUUCCAGAAGUCAUGCAGCUUCCUGAAAUAAAGUGUGUGGACCUAAGCUGCAAUGAACUGAGUGAAAUUACAUUACCUGAAAACCUGCCUCCAAAGCUACAGGAACUUGACUUGACAGGAAACCCCAGACUAGCUCUGGAUCACAAAACCCUAGAGAUGCUGAAUAACAUCCGCUGUUUUAAGAUUGACCAGCCCUCAGCCGGUGAUGCUUCAGGAGCCCCAGCGGUAUGGAGCCAUGGUUACACUGAAGCCUCAGGAGUUAAGAACAAGUUGUGUGUCGCAGCACUGUCAGCCAAUAACUUCUGCGACAACAGGGAAGCAUUGUAUGGUGUCUUCGAUGGAGACCGCAAUGUGGAAGUGCCCUACCUGCUGCAGUGUACAAUGAGUGACAUCUUAGCAGAAGAGCUGCAGAAAACAAAGAAUGAAGAGGAGUACAUGAUCAAUACUUUCAUCGUGAUGCAGAGAAAACUUGGAACUGCUGGACAAAAACUUGGAGGCUCUGCUGUCCUUUGCCAUAUAAAACAUGAUCCCAUGGACCCUGGUGGAUGCUUCACAUUAACCUCAGCAAACGUGGGGAAGUGCCAAACAGUUCUCUGUAGGAAUGGAAAACCUCUGCCUUUGUCUAGGUGUUAUGUGAUGAGUUACGAAGAAGAGCUCAAGAGGAUUAAGCAGCAUAAGGCCAUUAUCACAGAGGAUGGCAAAGUAAACGGUGUGACAGAUUCUACCAGGAUCUUGGGCUAUACCUUCCUUCACCCCAGCGUUGUGCCCCGUCCGCAUGUCCAGUCCAUUACUUUGACUCCACAAGAUGAGUUCUUCAUUCUGGGUAGCAAGGGACUAUGGGACAGCCUCUCUAUGGAUGAGGCUGUGGAAGCAGUCAGAAAUGUGCCUGAUGCCCUGGCAGCUGCGAAGAAGCUUUGCACUUUGGCCCAGAGUUACGGCUGCAAUGACAGCAUCAGUGCCGUGGUGGUUCAGCUCAAUGUGACGGAGGACAGCUUCUGUUGUUGUGAACUCGGUGGAGUCCCACCUCCCAGUCCAGGCAUCUUCCCCCAGUCAGUGAACGUGGUCAUUAAGGACAGGCCACCAGAUGCUUUGGGAAUGCCAUCUUCGAGUAGUGGCAUGGCCUCUGAGAUCAGCAGCGAGAUCUCCACCUCUGAAAUGAGCAGCGAGGUGGGGUCCACAGCCUCAGAUGAGCCUCCUCAGGUUGCCAUGAAUGAGAACAGCCCAGCCUACCCCAGUGAGCAGCGCUGCAUGCUUCACCCAGUCUGCCUGUCCAACUCUUUCCAAAGGCAGUUGUCCAGCGCCACCUUCUCGAGUGCUUUCUCUGACAAUGGCCUUGACAGUGAUGAUGAGGAACCAAUUGAGGGUGUCUUUACCAAUGGAAGCCGGGUGGAGGUAGAGGUAGACAUCCACUGCAGUCGAACCAAGGAGAAACAGCUGCUCCAAGUGGCCGUGGAAGCCAGUGAUGAAGGCAUUGUCAUCAGUGCAAAUGAAGAUGAGUCUGGCCUUCCCAGGAAAGCGGAUGUUUCUGCCACUGGUACGAUUGGGCGCCGACGGGGCAAUGGCUCUGUGGCUCCCCAGGAGAGGAUCCAUAACCUGAUUGAAGUUGCAACAGAUGCACCACUCAAAAAAACUGGGGGCUACUUUGCAGCCCCAGCCCAACCGGAUCCAGAUGAUCAGUUUAUUAUCCCACCAGAGCUUGAGGAAGAGGUCAAGGAGAUCAUGAAACAACACCAAGAACAGCAGCAGCAGCAGCAGCGACAGUAUCCAUUGGACCAGCUGCCAGACUAUUAUGAUACACCACUAUGACCCUGCCUGCUUACUGUUCAGAAACAAGCUAACAAACAAGAAGGUGAAGUGCAGGGCCUGCAUAGGACUCAGAAUACAGCAGGGGUUUUAACUACGCUUCCUUUUCCCUAUCCUGCCACAACAAAUAACUGCAGCGUCUUUCUGUUUGUUAGUUUUUAAUAUUCAUUGACUUUCUUCUAGAGAAUCUUACCAUUAAGAUUUAAACUAGUUAACUUCCCCCUAACAUAUCAAGUGUUUAAAAAAAAAAAUUAAAAAAUACAAAAGGUUUAAUAUAUUGCAGAGAAACAGAUGAUGAUGUAAUAUUUUUUAAAAAGGCUCAUUUUGUUUCGUUUGGAAAGCAGGGCAGUAUGCCAGUGCUAAAUGAUUAAGUAAUAUUGUAAUACUGUAUUUCUUUGAGAGAAAAAAGGCUUUUCUGGUCUUGAAAACGAUAGACAUUUGUAGAAUAUGGAGACUAACUCCUAGGAGUUGCUUUACUCUUUCAGGUGACCUAAGUCACUGAGAUUCACUAAUUUUCUCUGAGAGAACAGUUGAUUGGGAAAUUACUGUAAAUAGCUCAAUGUUGUAUAGUGAUGCUUAAAAUGUUUUGUAGUCUUGGCAUAAGGACACACCUGACAAACUGACAUUUUUUUUCUUAAAUGACUUUUUGGGCCAUGUCAUCCUACAUGAGGGACAGAGUGGCUGUACAAAUUACCUAGGGUUUAGGUGAUUCUUAGACCAUAAUAAAAACCCCAUUUUUCUUCCAGUCUGGUUUUUUCUUUCCCUUACUUUUACCAACGCAUUUUAUUUGUGUUCCUUACUGCUGCCACAACCAGCAUGAUUGUAUAGAGCUCAUUUUACUGUAGAUCAUUUACAUACCAAGAGUUAUAUUAAAGCAGAAUGCACAAAUGAACAUGUCAUAAUUUUUGUUAUAAUAAAUAUGAAAUUUGCAAA